AGCGCUGCCCGGCCAGCCCCCGGGGCCACCAUGGCCCUCUGUCCCCCCGCGCUGCAGGGCUGCGGCUCCAGCGACAUCUUCUUCCACGUGGUGACACCCGAGCGCAUCCCGCAGUUUGUCAUCCCGCCCCUGGACAGCCACAAGAAGCAGCGAUGCCCAGACCCCACCGCUUGGGCAGCUCUGUCCCUGCCGCACCUCCCCAAGGUCACCACCCCGUACGGCUUUGUCACCCUGGCGCGGAGCCCGCAGGUCACCAGGGAAGAGGCGUUCUUUCACUCGGGCUCAGGCCACCCUCGGGGUCCCUGCUGCAGACAUCCCGGGAUUCCUGCUGCUGAGGGACACUCCGGGAUGGGAGGACGCCAGAGGCACCACAAGCAGCCAGGUCCCCGUGCCGGCGGUCACAAGGACGGUGGAAGCAGCCCGACCCCAGCAGGGCCUCCCCUGCCCAGAUGUGCCGGAGACAUCCGAGUAACAGAGGUUCUGGAAAGCCAAGAGGCAGGGAAGAGGGACAGGAGGCUCCUGGGCACGGACUGUCCAGGGAGCCGCUCCCCGGAGCUCCCCGUGGCGACAGCCAGGAAGAACUUGUUCCAGAGGAUCCUCGGGAGGCACCUUGGCCACCCGCGGCAGCUCAAGCCUGGGCAUUUCACUCUCCACUGAUCCUGCAAAGCAGCUCCCAGGAGCUGAGGUUCCCUGCAGACCUGGGAAAGAGACACUUCUGUCAAUGCCUCAGAGUGCUGAGAGCAUCAGGGUGUCACCUUCCUCGAGGGGACCGCCUUGAGGUGACAUUGCCACAGGGCACAGCUGGGAGGGACACAGCAGUGCUGAGGAGCAGAGGGGCUGUGGGUUUGUCACUGUUCAGAGCCUCAAUAAAAGUGCAAACAUUUCA